AUGGAACAGGAACCCCACUCACUCACAGGAUUAACUGUCCAGCCAAACAUUCAGCACGCAAAUAGGAUUCACAGAAAAUGGCGGCCGCUCUCAUCUGACCCAGCUCAGGCCGCCGCUGUCGUGGACGCCGGUGACAGGUGCGAUCUCGAGAGCGAGGUGAAGCUGAAUGUCGGCAAGCUGGACAGUGACUGGGGGAUAAACGGGAAGACUCUCCGGAGCGUUCUCUUACGGAAUCCCAAGGUUUUGGGCUACAAUGUGGACUGCAGAGGGGACUGCGCGGCGCAGUGCACCCGCUGCUGGGUUAGGUUUUAGUGUGUUGUUCUGCGCUGUUACGGUGGAGAAAUUCAGAAGCUCAG